AUGUCUCUCUCAUUCGAAACCCUGCCUCCGGAGAUCCUAGCCACGGUGUGCGAGAUCCUCGCCUCAGAGCACCUCCCGACUCUGCAAGCCCUGUCCCUUGCAAACCAACAUUGCUGUGCCCUCGCCAACUCAUACCGUUUUCAGAACAUCCACUUCGCUGUUGAUGCAGAGGAUAGGUUUCUGGUUGACAUCCAGCAUUGGGAACGCGUUCUCAAAAACAUGAAUGGCUUUCACACCGUUCGACGCCUCAGUGUUGAUGGCCAUCCCCCAUCGUCAAGGUACAAGGAACUGGAUCCGUCUGACGACACAAGCACCCCUGGUUAUUUCCAAACGAGCUUCUCUGUUGAGGAUGAAUGGUUUUCUUUCGAAGCCCGCUACUUCGAUCUUCUCCAUCUCCAAAAUGUAAUAGACACCGGCGACGGGAUAGAGGACUUCAACAUUACAACUCCAGCCCAGUUAGACGCGUGGAGGCCAUUGUCCGGCUUCCUUCAGAAACUUCAAGGUCUAAAAAGCCUAGUUUGGUUGAACACCUCCCAGUUCCCGCCCUGUCUGCUGGAGACAGAGGAACCCUAUGCAAUCAAUACUCACGAAUCGGCCCUGGCAACAUCUCCGUCACUCGCUAGCAUUGUAUGUACGAUCCGCCAAGAUUGGGGUAGUUUCGUGAACAAUAAGGCUGCGGUUAUGCAGAUGGCUGCAGGCGCUGCUCCAAACCUCACUGAACUAUACAUAAAGAAAUGGAGGUACUCUGACCCGGACACCGACCCCCCAGUCGAAGUAGAGCCGCGGGACCUCUUUGUCGGCUUUCCGAAGACGAUCUCUGGUCUUCGAUCAUUGAGUCUGAAUGAUCCCAGCUUCGAUGACAUAGAGAGAUGGAACGGACAUGUCCUUUUCUCAAAUUUGGAGAUGCUCCAGGUUGAGACCGCCUGCAACUUUACAGUGCUCUCCAAGGAAUGUGCCAAUACAGCUCUGGAACGCCACGGCAAGACCCUUGAAAAACUCGGAAUGGUAUUCCUCGACUAUGAUUCUUUUGGUGCCCGAACUACGCCACAGAUAGUCGACGAGAUCCAGAGCUCCUGCCCUAACCUUCGACAUUUAGCUCUCCGUAUCCCGCGCUCGAACGGCAACGCAGCCGAAGUGAGCAUCUACCGAGCCCUUGGGAGGAUUUCAAGCCUCAGGCAUCUUGCUAUUGAACUGGACUGCGACCGCAACACCCCUGCGGAUAAUCCACAUAUCAAGGAAGCAUUGAUCAAUGCAGCAGUGGACGAAACGCUUAUCCGCUCAAUUCUUGACACUGUCGCGGGCCCCGGUUCGUCAUUGCGCGCUUUGAAAGUCGAGAUAUUUCUGGGCGAUAUUCCAGGCGGUCUGAGGCGAAUAGCAAGUCUGAUGCAAAGCACUUGGGAAGUAGAUCGCUUCCUUGGCGGAGCCUUCGUACGAAAGACGGACCACUGGAGAAAGCGGGAUGACAUACGCUCGGGGAUGCCAGGCGGAGCGAACAAGUGGCUUGAAGAGACCAGCGGUUAUUCGAAGCCAUUUCGCAACUUGUGGCCUGCAAAGGGAGACAGCUGGCUGGAUGACUGGCAUAGCUUCCCACUACAGCUGGAUUGA